AUGCCCUCCCGACGGACCGCGCUGCCGUUGGACGACUCCGCGCUCGAGUCCGCGAGGGAGGCGCGACGGAAGAAGCUCUGCGAGCUCCAGGUCCGUCGCGCGUCUCGGUGCCCGACGAGCGUCGUUCGUUCGUCCUCGCGCGCGAAUGCGAUCUCGCACGUCUCACCCCGUCGCGCCUCCGUCGCUCGUCUCGUCUCCCCGCAGCAAUACGUCCUCGCGUCGAUCAUCAUAUCGUCGGUGUUCUACGUCAUCUUCGCGUCCGCGUGGCACAUGGCCACGAGCGACAGACCGCCAGCGUACAAGCCGCGGCCGUACUUGGGAUUCGGCGGGAACUGA